AUGGAAUACACCUACGGUCUCAUGGCCUUUCGAGCCCGCAACGUCCAUACUUUCGAGCGCAGUACGAGUCCGAGCAAACGAGUUAUUAUUGCCCUUGCCGGUCCACCUGGCAGCGGCAAAUCUACUGCAGCACAGAACAUCGUGGACUUGCUCAAUCAAGACCACGAUGAACCCUGGGCUCAGGUGCUUCCGAUGGAUGGCUUCCAUUACCCGCAGAGCACUCUGGAUAAAAUGCCCAACAAGGCCGAAGCAUACGCCCGAAGAGGCGCGGAUUGGACUUUCGAUGCAACACAACUCUUAAAAUUUGUCAAAGACUUGCGACAGUCGAGUACACACUCCUCAGAAGUCAUGCAUGCCCCUGGGUUCGAUCAUGCGAUCAAAGAUCCCACACCGAAUGCAAUCGAGAUUGGUUCUACGAUUUCUCUUAUAAUUUUGGAAGGAAGUUGGCUACUGCUUGACGCACAGCCUUGGAAAGAUAUUCCUCUGCUUGUAGAUGACACCUGGUUCAUUGACGUUGAUCCUAAGUUGGCUAGAACGAGGAUAGCAGAGAGACAUGUGUGCGCUGGUAUCGAAACGGACAUGUUGCAUGCUUUGGCCCGCGUCGAUUCAAAUGACAUGUUGAACGGGGAAAAAAUACGAUCGCAUCUGGUGCCGCCGAAGUUCAGAAUACAGAGCAUCGAGAGCCAGCAGUCGUUGUCUUCAGCAAAGAAGAUAACGUCACCAAAAUCAGUACAGUACGAUCAGGAGCUGGAGGGAUCUAUCGUGGAUCACCUCCCAGGAUUAGUGGCAGGAUAUCCGGUGCCGAGAGUACUAGCCUGA